CGCAAGCAAGCCCCGCAUCCAGCCAGUGCUCGCCAUUGACGAGAUCCAGAUUUCGGAGAGCUCGCAUAUCCUCCCUGCACUACGUCAAAUCUCACACUACCCUCAUCUAUCUACUCUACUGCCAUUGUGAACAAUGACCACUCUCAAAGGACCCGGCGAAGCCAAGACGUACGAUGGCGCGAACUUGCGCAUCGGCAUCGUCCACGCCCGCUGGAACACAAAAAUCAUCGACGCUCUUCUCCAGGGCACCCUAAAGUCGCUCAAAGCCGCCGGUGUCCGACAAGAGAACAUUGUCAUCCAAACCGUCCCAGGCUCCUACGAACUGCCCUACGCAGUCCAGAAGAUGUUCCAAGCCUCUCAAUCCCAACCCACAGGCCUUCUCGCCUCUGCGACCGAUCUCCUCGCCGGCAGCACCACCGAUCUUACACAGACAGCGAAAGAGGGCAAGAAAGAGGGGCCGAGCAAGGAGCCUUUUGAUGCUAUCAUUGCCAUUGGCGCAUUGAUCAAGGGGAGCACUAUGCACUUUGAAUACAUCUCUGACGCUGUUUCGCAUGGCCUCAUGAAGGUCCAGUUGGAUCUUGGUGUGCCUGUGAUCUUUGGACUGCUCACGUUGUUAACGGAAGAGCAAGGGUUGGAAAGAGCUGGAAUUGAUGCUGCGGGUAAGGGACAUAAUCAUGGUGAAGACUGGGGAUCAGCAGCGGUUGAGUUGGGAGCGAAGAGACGGGGAUGGAAUGAAGGGAGCUUCAUUGAAUAAAUGCUAUACCCGAGAGUACAUUUUUGAAGCCUCUCUAGCUCGAGAGUCCAGAUCGUUCAAUGAUGACCAGCGAUCUACAUCGUGUAUCGACCUUCUCACCUCCAAC